AUGGUGAUGAAAAUGUUAUCGAUCGUCGGAUUGGUAUGGUGUUUGGUUGCCUUGGGACAGGCUAGGAAAGAAUCAACGGUGGAAGAGUGCGAGCAAAAUCUUUCCGAUUCGCUGAAGCCACGGCUAUGCCAGUUGCGCCAGUAUGAAACGGUCGACUCGGAGGAUAUGGACAAGCACAUGCAUUGCGUUCUAGAAGUAGUUGGAUUCGUGGAUGACAAUGGGGAUCUCGAAUUUCAAGAGCUACUUGGAGUGCUUAAGGUUGUUGAUUCUGGUCUCGAUCACGUCUCUAACAUGAAGAAAUGCGACGCUGAAUCUUCGAAGUUUAGCGGUUCGAAAAAGGCUAACACCUUCUACACAUGCUUUUUGAGAACGAGCUCGGAACCGGCUUUCAAGAACGCAGUAGAUUAUGUCGAAUUGCUACGAGCAGGAAAGCUGAAGCAGAAUGCUCCGUUCAACGCCAAUCAGGUGUCGGCAUUGAUCAAAGAGAUUGAUGAUGGCUUGUGCUAAAUAUGUUUUGAGAAUGAUUGAAAUCAGAAUGAAAUAAA